UUAUUUUCAUCAAAAUAAAAUUAGAUGGCUUUGUUCAGGGCAGCGAUAAGUCGUUCAUUUGCGACGUCAACCGUUCCAAAACUGAGGGCGGGGGCCGGCAGCCAUGCUACGGUGGAUCACGGUGCUCAAUCGGCUUCUGGGAUGAGCACCCUGAAGGCAGAUUUCGCACCGAUGUACAUGGUAGGGGGAAUGGUGGUUUUGGCGGUGUCAAUUGCAACCCACACUGCGUUUCAGCAGCUUGCGCGUUCUCCAACGGUUCACGUGAACAAGCACAGAAGGGAAACAAUGCCCGAAGUGUCUGACCCUGACCGCACCAUCAGCUCCGCCGACAAGUUCGUCAACGGCUCCUUCUUGAGGAAGCUCGCUCACGUUCAAGAUAACAAGACCACCCUCAAUGAUCCCGUUCGCCCUAACCCAUUCACCACUCCUCGAAGAGCUGAGACAUUGAAGACCGUGGGCGUUGACCCAACCUUGCAGCGUUGA